ACACCGCUCAAUUGAAGAUUCGUAUUUGAAUAUUAAAAGUCGUGAAAUUUGAAAUUUUAACCAACCCAAAAUAUCAAUAAAAACUCUUAUUUGGCAAAAAUCAUGUGGCAUUUGUAUGGUGUUUUCUUAUGUCUUGCAUUCUUGCAAAGUUCUGUUAUGUCUCGGAAAUACGAUCAAAAAAAUGAUACGGGCUUCCCUGAAAUCUGCAGAAAUCGGAACGGUGUCACUAUACCCAUGCCGGGUUCAUGUACAGGAUUUUUUAUUUGCGUCGAUGGGAAUGCUAUAGCCAGCUCAUGUGGCAGCUUUUAUCAUUUCAAUACUCAAACCGGACUAUGCGAUCAUCCGUUUAAAGUUAAUUGUGAGCUUAAAAUAUCACAAACAAAAAAUAUAACAUCCACACCCAAUAAAAAGAAACAAGGCAUUCGUUCAUCUUUACCCAAACCGAAAAGCCCUAACGAAGUUGUUGCGGAUCUGAGUAUCGGUCCAAUAUGCAAAAAAUUACCGACUGGUACAUUUCUGUCAAAACCAGAUUCUUGCUCACAAUACUAUGUGUGCAUAUCACAGAGACCAUAUCGCCGUACUUGCCCUCCAAUGCUACAUUUUAAUGCAACAAGGGGAUUAUGUCAAGACCCAGCAAUGGCGAAAUGUAGUGUGCAACUUGUAAACUUAACCAAAAAGGAAAUCGAGCCUACAUCGACUAAUUCCAAAGAAUACGACAUAGCUAAUACAGAUGAACUAGGCAAUACUGAUAGUAGUAAAAUGGACAAAAUUUGCGCAAUGACCACAAACGGUACUUUGUUCCCUUAUCCAGGAGACUGUAGCCGUUUCAUUUUCUGUAUGAAUAACCAAGUUUUGACAUUGAUCUGUCCAGAGGGACAUCAUUUCAGUCUAAGAUAUGGACGCUGCGAAUGGCCCUCCAUUGCGAAAUGCCACUUAUAGGUUUCGUGAAGGAGAAUGAAUUUAUUUCAACGGAAUCAACGAUAAAACAAUCUGCGAUACAACAACUAUUUUCCAUUACCCCUUAUCUAUUUCUUGAAUCAAAUAUCACUUCAAUAAUAUUGGCGAAAUAGAUAUUUAUUAUCAAAUUUAACCUGA